ACACGUGCGGCCACACAAUUUUAGCGGUGGCAUUUUUUUCUAACAGAAUUUAAAAUAAAUUAUUGAAAAUUUUCAACAAUAAUGAGUGAUAAUAAUAUUUUAGAAGUUUUAUUUGUAAGUGAUACCAAUGAUAAUCAAUUGACAUGUUCGGUAUGGGACUAUCGUACGGGUACAAAUUUAAUGAAUUAUAAAGGUGGCGGCGGUGGUGCUUCUUUGCAUUCUCUGAAUCUUCUACGUUCCGAAUAUGUGAUGGCGGCCAACUUAACAAAACCUUUGUUGCAUGUAUGGCCCAUCAAUAACCAGGAACAAAUGACUGCCAUACGUUUUGUGGUACCGGGUGCGGUGACGGCUUUAGCUUUGUCCCCCGAUGGUUGUUAUAUAGUGGCUGGCAUACAAGAAACUAUUUAUAUAUGGCAAGUAUCCACUGGUCGCAUGAUGACCAGUCUGGGCAAGCAUUAUCAAACUGUUACAUGUUUAAAAUUCACCGAUGAUGGUUCUCAUUUCGUAAGUGCCGGCAAAGAUGGUGCAGUUUUGGUAUGGAACUUAACCCAGGUGCUGUGUCGUAAUAUCGAUCAACGUUCUGAGCCUGUUUAUACGUUCAACGAUCACGGCCUUCCCGUAACAGAUGUUCAUAUCGGUGCUGGUGGCAUUAGAUCGUACAUGUUUACCGUGUCAUUGGAUCGUUCAUGUAAAAUUUACGACCUUAGUAGUGGCACUUUAUUGCUAAGUGUUGUGUUCGCUGAAGGAUUACAAAGCGUUAUAUCAAAUGCCCUGGAGACUAUGGUGUUUGUGGGCACAAACGUUGGAAAUAUUUUCCAAUUUCACAUCAAAGAUAUUCCAAGAGUUAAGGAAUAUCACGUUGAAGAACAACCAAAAUCAUUUGCAGGGCAUACAAAACCGAGUUGUGUCAAUUGUUUAGCUUUAUCGUUAGAUGGCCAGACAUUAGUCUCUGGUGGCAGUGAUAACCAAGUGUUGGUAUGGAAUAUACCAAGUCGUCAAUUGGUUAAACAUAUGCAAUUCAAAGGACCCAUAACAAAUCUUAAAGUACGCCUAACAAAUCCGGUAGUUUUUCAUCCGGAACAUAAGCAACCUCAAGUUUUUGGCUCCAAUCUUAAACGUAUGAUAGAUCCCGUCGAACAAGAUGAAGAACAGGCCAUUGAGAUUAUGGUUUCUAAUAGUUAUGAAGAUGAGUUGGAAAAUGAACAAAAUAAAUUUGCUAUAGAACGCUCCGAUCAUAGUUCCUCCAGUAGAAAUGUGGUGUCUUCAGCCUCUAAUAACUCUGCCAAUGAUAAUAGUGAAGAACUGGAAUCACUGCGCCAAGAAGUUCAAAAACUAAGACGUGUUAAUAAGCGUUUGUUUGAAGUGUCCAGUAAACAACUAUUGCGGAUGAAAAAGUAAUUGCCGGAUUAUUACAGCAAUUUACUAUAAGUUUAUAAUAUUUUUUGAAUUAUUGUACUUUAUUUGUCGUUUAAGAAUAAAACAUAAAUCACCCAA